AUGGCUUGGGGCUGGGAGCAAUCCGACGAGGCUCAACGUGAGGUGUACGGCGAGCGCAAGCACGAGAGCAGCCUGUCUCAUGAGCUCAUUGCUGGAGCUGCCUCGUUUGCCGGCAUGAAGGCUUGGGAGGACCACCAGCGUCGAGAGGGCAAGCCCGUCAGCCAUGCUUUCGCCAAGGAGGCCCUGGUAGGGUUUGUCGGUGCUGAGGUCGACAAACUCAUCGAAACAAAGGGACUCGAUGAAGCGGAUAAGAUACGCGCUCGUCGCCAUGCUAAGGAAAAUGCCGAACGCAUGUACGAUGAGCACUAUAUCGACCGACAGGGUGCUCCAGAGUACGACCCGGGUCGCUACCCACCUCAUGAGCGCUUCGAGCGCCCUGUUGACCGUUGGUAA